CCCCAGUUAUGCAUACUUGGGAAUUUUCCAACCAUUAAUACAUUUCCUGCCCUCAAUUUACACUCUUCUUCUACCAAUAUUUUCAAUUCAAUUCUGUCUCCCUCCACCUCUUCCCCAUAAUUUAAUUAAGCUUUAAAGAAUCCCCCCCUCCCCAUCUCUCUCCUUUGAUUUCUCUUAUAUAUAAUGCCCUUCUAGCCUCCUAAACUUACACCCACCAAGCCUUUAGCUUCCAUUUUCAAUCUCAAAUCAACACCUCUCAUCUCUAAGAAGGUGAAAAAAUGAGUCAAAGUAAUGGAAACCCAUCGAAACUAGAGCUGAAGCUGAACCUUUCGCCACCGAGAGCUAACCGGAGAAUAGAUUCGCCAGGCCGAUCAGCCACGGUGUCGCCAACGUCUCCACCGAGCUCAUGUGUGUCGUCGGAGAACCAAGAUGAAAGCCCUGAGGCCACGUCCAUGGUGUUGGUGGGGUGUCCCCGGUGCCUGAUGUAUGUGAUGCUGUCUGAGGACGAUCCUAAAUGCCCCAAAUGCAAGAGCACCGUUUUGCUUGAUUUCCUUCAUGACAAAAACAACAACAACAACAACAACAACACCACGGUCAACACAAGGAAAAGCUAGAGUUGUAGGUCUUUGUAUCUUUUGCUAAUUCUGAUGUUCCUCCUAGGACUUAUGUAAAAGCCUUUUCUAGUUUUCCUUUAACUUUUAGGUAGUGCUAUUAGUGCUCCAUUUUUCCUUGUUCCAAAUGCUCAGAAAAGAAAAAAAGAAAGAAUAAAAAAGUGAAACAAAAAAAGGAGCACCAACAGCAGUUGUCUUUUUUGAAAUAUUUCUUCAAAUCAUAUAACGUUUAUGUUUUCUCUCUA